UUUCUCAUCGAUUUUCAGAUCUCAUAUUAAUUUUCCACCAACCAUGUAGCUCGAGUUAAAGCUGUCAGUCGUACAGCGAUUUCAACGUAACUCACUUUAGUCACAACAUUCAGUUUUAUUUUGAAAGUCAAAAGAUCAAAACAUUUUUUGUCCUAACUCUCUCGUUUGGAUAUUUUUGGUUAAAUAUUUUCUAACAGCAAAUAGUUAAUGUCUUUUUUGUAAAAAUGAAUAAAAGUCUGUUGAAUAGCGAAUCAUCAUCAUCAUCAUCGUGGCUGUACGAAAAAGAAACCUCUGAGGAUGAAGAUAAUGAACUUGAACGACUUUUGGGACAAUUAUCGCGAGUUCCGGGCAAAUGUCCGGUGAGCGGUUGUGAACAAGUGGUUUUUCCCUCUGGUCUAUUGUCUCAUCUAAUGCAUAAACAUAGCCGAGAACCCCAAAUAACCGUCUUUGUUAUCUUCGAUGAUCAACCCUAUCGGACGAGAAUUAACCCGGAAACUUUUCCACUUGGAAUUCCAAAGGCCAUUGCCAUCAUUUUAUAUGGUGGAACUGAUGGCAAGCCUGAAACUCAACCUGGUCGCCGGCACUUGAGCUUUGUCAAUUAUGGAUUAUUAAACGAUUGUAGUCAGUAUGAUCAUCAUUUGCCAAUGAUCCUUAUGAUUUACAAGACCACCUGGUGUACCUUUAUGAAUGACAAGGUUGCCGCCUCCGAAAUUGAGCAGCAAUUUUGCGACAAAGAAGAUAAUAUCUAUGUACUAUGGGUAGUGGCUCCGAAUACAGCUCAUCGUAUGUGCUAUAGCCUAACACUUUUCGAUAGUGACUAUAUACAAUCACGUUCGGUUUUGCGAAAUGCAAGAAACUAUGUUUACUCACAAGAGCCAGAUGACUUUUUGGAUAUUGAUACGGAUUACAUGGUACUACGUUAUAUAGACGCAAAGGAACUUAUGAAUGAGUCAAAAGAGACAAAACUAGGUCUUAAUCUGCAGUUGAUGGUAUAUGAAGAUACCGAGGGUGUCUUAAUUGAACAUAACUCUAAACAUUUAUUAAGUACCUACACUGGACCCGGUUGCAAAAUGCCACGUACUAAGAUGAAUCUAAAUCGAAAUUCACAUGGAAAACUUUCCCUUAACCGAACCCCCACCUCAAACCCAUCGAUAUAUACCGAUGAAGCGGUAGGGGGUUCUUUCCAUUCUACCAAUGGGCCUUCCAAAGAAUGCAUAAAGUCCAGCUCGCGAGAGACUUACGUUCCGCCUGAGUCGGAUAAGGAAGAAACCCAUUCCGAAAUCGAAGAUAUGAUCAUCAACGCAGCUCUAAUGAAAACGCUAAACAGUAAACCAGCAGAAUACAAUGAAAGCGAUGAAAACGAGCUGGAAGAUUCAAAAUCCAAAAGAUACAAGCAAUCUGCCCGAAAACAGAAACAGAAAGAACAUGAAAAAUCUGUAACUAAAAAAACAAAAGCAUCGCUGAGGAAAGUCGAUUCAAAAAAGCUAUUGGAAACUAUAAAAUUGUAUCUGGAAGAAAUGGACGAAGACAGUUCUUCUGAAACUGACCUUGAAAAAUCUCUUCAAGAAUUUUCCGAUGACACGUUAGAAGAAUCCUUGGUAGACAAUGAUGUGGAUCAAGAAAUACUUGUUAGGUUGGAAAAAAUAAGAGAUGAGUGUUAUGAAAAACUUCGAAGGAGAACUAGAUCCAUGUCCUCUGAAAAACCCUCUGGAUCAGGGAAGAGUUCGAAAGUGUUAGGUUCAAGAUUGAAAGCAAAAGUUGAAACAAUACUGGAAAGCAAACCAAAAAAGCCAGCAAAAACGCAUGACAAAACUAAAAGGAAAACCAUAGCGAAAAUACUACAUAUGGCAAACACCAUAAUUGACGAAUCUGAAACCGAUAGUGAAUCUUAAUAACAAUCUUAAGAGGUAAUUUACAAAAUCUUAAGUUACAUUCAUGGCCAAUCUAACUAUAAAAUUUCAAUGUUAAUUCUUGAAUUCUGUAAAAUAAAUGACCCAAAUUCAGGUUAACGAAUACCGAAUAUGAUUUUAUGAGGACACAGAAAA